AAAAAGCUGGUGGGCGAAAGUAGGUUAGCACAUUCAUUAGUCACCGACUUAGAAUUUCUCAUUAAUAUCCUUACUAUUGUAUAUAUUACAUUAUCAUUAUCAUUACAUAUAAGGAGCGCCGCCGCUCCGCCCCUCCUCCUCUUCUCCUCCGUUCGCCUCUUCCUCUUCCUCUUCCUCUCUGUCGAGAUCAUCGUGAUCCUUUACAUCUUCUUAACAAUGGUAUAUCUCGAGCGUUUGCACGAGCGAGCGAUGGAUCGAUCGAGCGAUCCGGACGUGAUGGCCCGGGCGUUCGCGGAGCACUACUGCAAGACGUUCAACGAGAACCGGGCGGCGCUGGGGGCUCUGUACCAGGAAGGGUCGAUGCUGACGUUCGAGGGCGACAAGAUCCAGGGCGCGCAGGCCAUCGUCGCCAAGCUCGCCUCCCUCCCCUUCCAGUUCCACCACAUCUAUACCGUCGACUGCCAGCACUAUGUCCCCCCCCAGGGUGGCUUGCUCGUCUCCGUCUCCGGCGUCAUCCAGCUCGCCGGCGAAAACCUCCGGCAAGAGUGCAUCCAGAUGUUUAAUUUGAUGCCGACGCUUCAGGGGAGCUUCCACGUGCUGAACCACAUAUUCCGUCUAUUCCCUCUGAAUUAUCCGUCUAUUCCCUCUGAAUUAUGCUUGAAGAGUCUGUCAAAGCGUCUAGAAGAUAGCUUUUCCUCCUCUGGAUUUGCUGUGAAGUGACGUUUGUUAUUUCCUUCUUAGCUCGUUUUCGUCUUUGGUUUCCUUUUUUUUCUUUCCUUUUGGUCCGAAGCAUUAUGCUCAAACCUGUUCGAAGACCUAUACAUCAUCUUAUCCUCCCCAUGUUUUAGGGAGGUGGCACAGUGCUUCUCUUAUAAGUAUUGAAGAUUGUUUUUGCUUUUUUUAUCAGUAUUGAAGAUUGUUUUUUUUUUUUUU